CUACUCAAAGCUGUUAUGCUGAUAGUGCUGCAAUCUUCGGUUGCAUUGUCAAACAUAAUUUCUCACAACUUACCUAACCUCAAAAAAUCACAAGGUUAUGAUCUUCUGGUUGAAGCAUGUUCUAUGUUUACGAUGUUUGUAAAUAACAAAAAGUUACUUAUUUUCGCGAAGCAUCUAACUUGGAAGAAUUCUGCAGGUAACACGUACUGUCACUUGAAAACCUACCGCGACAAAUACAAAAACCUGGUGCAAACUUUCGGUUACUCAACAAAAUGCGACACGAGACCGAAUACCGCUCGAUCGCCUGUCGACCCCCGAAUCGAGGCACUACGAGAGAAAUUGAUCUAUUGCGAUUAUCUGGAUGGCCACAUGGUGAAAAUAGGUCACAUGAAACGAUACAUACAGAAGAAAAAGACUGAAUACUUCGAGAGAAAAAUGCGAUAUGAUCAUCUUGUAAACGUUCCUACUUACAGCAUACUCCUGGACACGAAGAACAAUGAGAACAACGACAACCGCUUGCAGGAAGAAAUACAGGAUGCAAAUGCAGAAAAAGAGGAUGUAACGAGGCCUGUACACAUGCCGUACGCAAGUACAGAUUGGUAUAGCAACAUAGACACGUCUGAAAAUAAUUUAAAUGACAUUGAUUUUGAUGAACUCUCAAGACCAUUGAACGAAAAGUAUAGAGCUUUGUACGACAAGUAUUUGGCAAUAAAGAAUACAAUGUCAGACAGAGAAAAAGAGCUUGAUCUAAAGGAUUAUCUGGAAGAAACAAAUAAUGAUACAUCAUACAAGACAGAUCUGUCCAAUGUUCCACCUAAUUGGAUGGUUGAUGUCGAACAGUACAAUGAUGAUCUGCAGGAUGACACGUGGCUCAGUCAUUACGGCACGCCGGAUCCAAACUCCAGCAUUAGUUCUGUUCCGUGUGGCGGAUGUGGUGCAUUGCUGCAUUGCAAGGAUCAUGCCAUACCAGGCUAUUUGCCAUCAGAGCUGUUUCUAAACAAGAGUGAGAAGAAGCUGCGAGUUAUGAUCUGCCAAAGAUGCCACUUUAUUAAGCAUUACAACACCACAUUGGAGGUUAAAGUAUCUGCAGAUGAAUAUCCGAAGCUCCUAAAGGUGAUAAAAAAGAAGAAGUGUGCCAUCAUUCUGAUGGUGGACCUCUUGGAUUUUCCAUGCAGCAUAUGGCCUGAGAUAAGCAGCGUACUGCAUCCUAUGACACCAGUAUUUUUAGUGGGAAACAAAGUAGACUUGCUACCUCAGGACUCGCGAAAAUUCUUCAGUCAUGUUAAAGAGUGCCUUUUACAGGCUGCAGAAAAUGUGGGAAUCAAGAAAAAUAUCAGGCACAUAGAACUCAUAUCUGCAAAAACUGGCUAUGGCAUAGAGGAGCUCAUAAAUAAAUUACACAAUUUGUGGAAAUACAAAGGAGAUGUUUACGUGAUCGGAUGCACAAACGUGGGGAAAUCUUCUCUGUUUAACGUUUUGCUACAGUCGGAUUAUUGCAAAGUACAGGCUGUGGAUCUUAUACAACGUGCGACCAUCUCACCUUGGCCAGGCACAACUUUAAAUGUAUUGAAAUUCCCUAUUCUAAAUCCCCUCAGAUGGAGACUUGGUAUGAGAGUAAUGCGACUGCGAGAAGAGAAAUUACAUAAACGAGCCGAGGAGGAGUUCAGAAUUGAUCUGUUCAAACAGACGCGCAAUUUAAAAUACGCCACAUUGCAGAGUCACAUUGGCAAAACGUUUCAACCGAAGUCCAAGACUACAGUGUUACUCGAUCCAUUCUCGGAAGGAAAGUACAAUAAAUACGAGCCACAACAAUUCGGCUUCGACGAGAACAAAGAGGAAUACAAAUACAGUCGCUGGUGUUACGACACGCCCGGCACCAUUCAACCGGAUCAGGUUUUAGACUUACUGACGACACAGGAACUUCUGACGAUAUUGCCGAAGCAAAUAAUCUCGCCUAGAACUUUUGUUCUGCACGCAAAUCAAACGAUAUUCCUGGGUGGAAUAGGCAGACUGGACUACUUGGAGGGCAACAAGUUUAUUAGGUGUACAGUAUUUGCAAGUAGCGAGCUGCCAGUGACGGUAACUUAUACGGCGGAUGCGGACGACAUAUAUGCCAAGUUACUCGAAACGAAAGCGUUUGUCGUACCUGAGAACAAUCCAGAGCGAUUGAAACAUUGGCCGGCUUUAGGAUCUAAAGAGAUGGAAGUCACCGGCAUCGCUAAGAACCAAUCGACUGCUGAUGUUGUUCUAUCCAGCGCAGGAUGGAUCGCGAUUACCGCAGCGGAAGCCGAACGCGCUUUAUUGAGAGCCUGGAGCCCGCAGGGACGCGGCUUGCAUCUCAGAACGCCGGCGCUUUUGAUCAAAUCCGUCGUUCUACGUGGCACUCGAGUUCGAGAUACGCCGACCUACUUUCCGGGACGCCGGGUGUUGAAAAUUUAAAACGAACAGAAUUUUCAUGCGUAUUUUGUAUCCUGUUGUUUGAUAAAAGAAAAAAAAUGUGUACUGCUAAUUAAAUGCAUUGCAAUAUCUUAGAAAAACGAUUGAACGAUCUCUAUUAACACUUGUACACAACUUACAACAUAUAUAUAUAUAUAUUAAUUAAUCACAAUUAGCUUCGCGUGAAAUUCUGUUAAACGCCAUGUAUAAAACAUUUAAUCGAUACACAAAACUUUUCAAAAAUGUUAUAAUACAAAAUAUGUUACUCGAGA